AUGGGGUCCGAGUUCGGAGUAACGGCCGAUUCCAAGAAGGAGGCCAACUUGGACGGCGUUGGCAUCUGGUGGGUAACGUGGGCGUGUGUGUGGACGUUUGUGCUCCUCUGCGGCAUGGGAUAUCUCAUCCACCGCCGCGACACGCCGAUUCUUCGCAUCCGUGGCAUCGGCAUGUCCCUUGCCGCCGUGGUGCUGCUUCACCUGUACUUCUUCUCCGUCCAGCUCGGCUACGUGGUCGGCGCCCUGGCCCCGGGCGACUGCGAAUACUGGAUCAUGGGCACCUACCUGCCUCUCGGCAUCGCCAUGUUUCACGCCUCCAACAGCAGGUUCCUCUACGUCGCCAAGGUCCAAAAGAAGUACCUCAACCGCCAGGUGGACGGGCCGGCCAAGUCGCGGAGGGGAAUGGGCCUCUUGGAUCGCUUCAGGAGCCUGAAUUACACCACGCGAAUGGUGAUUCUCGUUAGUAUGGGAAUGGGCUUCCAGUUGUUCCUUACGAUUCUCAUGUGGUUGAUCUCCCGGAAGUGGCACAGCGGUUGGGGAAUCCCCGGCACCGAGGUCUACGGCACGGAAAUGGAGCAGAGGAUGGAAAUGGGCCGAGGUUGGGAAUGGUGGCCCGGCAUCUUCUGGCAAUUCGUCUGGGCCUGGAUCGUCGCCCCUUGCGUCCUGUGGAAGUCUCGCAACAUCAACGACACGCAUGGCUGGAGAUUGCAGACGAUUGGCUGUGCGGUGGCUGGUCUACACGCAACUCCCAUGUGGCUCAUUGCCCUUUACGUCCCUGCCAUGGAACCAGUCAACAAAUACUUCCUGCCUCCUCAAUGGAUAUGCAUCUCGAUAUUGGUCUUGGAAAUUUUGACUGUUUUCCUGCCCUGUUGGGAAGUCGUGCAAGCGUCUACUCUCCGUCAAGAGACCCUGGACUCUAUUGCGCAAUGGGAGAGAAAGAACAAGAACACGGGCUCCAGCGCCAAGUCUGUCAAUACCGCUUCCACAGCCAUCGACUCCCUGAUGAGCGGCCGCAAGUCCACCGUCGGCUCCGUCAAAUCCACCGAUUCCCAGGAGAGCAUCCUCACCAUGAGCGCGCUCGAGUACGUCCUGGAGCGCAACCCCACGCCGCUUCAAGAAUUCUCGUCCCUCCGCGACUUCUCCGGCGAAAACAUCGCCUUUCUGACCAGUGUUGCCGAGUGGAAGACGUCUCUGCCCCAGCCUGUCCGCGAUGGUGUCAAGGACAGCACCACCAGGGAGCUUAUCCGCGAGAGGUUCAACAGUGCUCUUCGCAUCUACGCCGAGUUUAUCAGCAUCAAGGACGCCGAGUUCCCCAUCAACAUUUCGUCGACGGAGCUCAAGAGGAUGGAGGCCGUCUUUGAGGCAUCUGCUCGCACCCUGUACGGCGACAAGGUGGACGUCGACCCUGCCACCCCUUUUGAUUUUCCAGAAGCCGCGCAAAAGACGUCCAUGGAGACUUCGUCGCAAGCCUCGGAAAAGGGACGCCCUGCUGGCACCUCGUAUUCCGACGGUGUCAAGUUCUGGGGCGAGAUCCCCGAGUCCUUUGACGAGACUGUUUUUGACGAAUCCGAGAAGCACAUCAAGUACCUAGUUCUCACCAACACGUGGCCAAAGUUUGUCAAAGAUCGUCGAGUGUCCAUUGAUAUGGGUGCCUCUGCCGAGAGAGGCCCUUCAAUCAUGAGUUUUGUCCGCAGUCGCCGUCAGAAGAGGUGA